AUGGGCGGAAAGAGCUGCGCCAGGGUCUAUGCGGGCGCAAACGAAAAGUUUGGUCGCCAGUGGUGGGACUAUGACAACCUCGCGGUGCAAUGGGGCACGCAAGACAACUACGAGGUGCUGCGGAAGGUCGGGCGAGGCAAGUACUCGGAGGUGUUUGAGGGCGUCAACAUUGCGACGUCGGGGGGCCUGCCGGAAAAGUGCAUCAUCAAGGUGCUGAAGCCGGUCAAGAAGAAGAAGAUCAAGCGCGAGAUCAAGAUUCUGCAGAACCUCGCCGGCGGGCCCAACGUCGUCGGCCUGCUCGACGUGGUGCGCGACCCGCAGUCCAAGACGCCGUCGAUCAUCACCGAGUACGUCAACAACACCGACUUCAAGAUCCUAUACCCCAAGUUCACCGACUUUGACGUGCGGUUCUACAUCUUUGAGCUGCUCAAGGCCCUCGACUUCUGCCACUCGAGAGGCAUCAUGCACCGCGACGUCAAGCCGCACAACGUCAUGAUUGACCACGAGAAGCGCAAGUUGCGGCUGAUUGACUGGGGCCUGGCCGAGUUCUACCACCCCUACACCGAGUACAACGUGCGCGUGGCCUCGCGCUACUUCAAGGGGCCGGAGCUGCUGGUCGACUUCCAGGAGUACGACUACUCGCUCGACAUGUGGUCGCUGGGAUGCAUGUUUGCGUCGAUGAUUUUCCGCAAGGAGCCCUUUUUCCACGGCCACGACAACUACGACCAGCUCGUCAAGAUCUGCAAGGUGCUCGGCACCGACGAGCUGUACGCCUACCUGGAAAAGUACGACAUCGAGCUCGACCCGCAGUACGACGACAUCCUCGGACGCUACCAGCGGAAGCCGUGGAGCCGCUUCAUCACCUCCGAGAACCAGCGGUACAUUUCCAACGACGCCAUCGACUUUUUGGACAAGCUGCUCAGGUACGACCACCAGGAGCGGCUCACGGCCAAGGAGGCCCAGGACCACGCCUACUUUGAGCCCGUCCGCGCCGCCGCCGCCAGGGGCGAGGUGGUGGCGACGUAG